AUGGAAUACAGCGCAUUUCGAAACAUGAAUCAUGCAACCGGAUUGGGAUAUAUUGAAUUGUUUUUGAAUUACUGGACGGUGAAUUUCUUGUCAAAACUUGACAUUCGUUGGUGUAAAUCUCAUAUUAAAAAAAGAGUGUGCAAAACUCAGAUGAAAUACAAAGAUGGUAUAUCUGACUUAGCUUUUGAAGUCCAGAAAAGCGACAAACAGUGGUGGGAAUGGAGCAAUGAGUUAAAAACUCUUUCAGCUUAUGAGAUUCACUUUCUAGAGGGAUUCUUACAUUAUAUGGUCUCGCAGUAA